AUGGGAAACGGAGCCAAAGCAGCUUCCAAACGGGAUCGCAAGGACAAAGACGUCAAGGUGGCCAAAUCCCAACUGAAGGUUAACGAACAGGCAAGAGAUAUCCAGUGUAAUAUCUGCAAGUCUACCUUUUUGAAGACGACUCGAGCACCCGCGUAUGUGUUUCACUCUCUCUCUGAACAUGCCACGAAUAAACACAGUAAGACAUUGGAAAUCUGCUUCCCCGGAUUUUCCGCCAAGUGA